GCUCUCUUUCCUUUGCAGGAGCUGAAGGCUCUGGUGGCUCAGCACAAUGUCAGUGCUUCUAAACAACCUGGCAACUCCCGCACCUGCUUCCCAGGCAGCCUCCCCUCCAGCCAGAGCCAGCGCAGGUACCACUUGGAGAAGGUUUUUGUGGUGUCUCAGGCUGGGAACUGCAGAGUGAUGGCGUACUGUGACUCGCUGAGCUGUCUCGUGGUAUCGCAGCCUUCUCCACAGUCUACUUUUAUUCCUGGCUGCGGUGUGAAGAUGAUGAGCGUGGCCAACCUGAAGAGCAGUCAGUACAUCCCCAUCCACAGCAAACAGAUCCGGGGGCUGGCUUUUGGCAGUCGUGCAGAUGGCUUGCUGCUGUCUGCCGCUCUGGACAACACUCUCAAACUCACCAGCUUGGCAACAAACACUGUGGUACAGACAUACAAUACUGGCCGCCCUGUCUGGAGCUGCUGCUGGUGUCUCGAUGAUACAAACUACAUCUAUGCUGGGUUGGUCAACGGCUCCAUCAUGAUAUAUGAUCUGAGAGACACCAGCUCCCACGUCCAGGAACUAGUCCCUCAGAAGUCCAGGUGUCCCAUGGUAUCGCUGUCUUAUCUGCCUCGAAUGGCCUCGGCCUCUUUGCCCUAUGGUGGUAUACUGGCUGGGACCUUGGAAGGAGCUUGUUUCUGGGAACAGAAGGCUGGGAACUGCUACCGGCCUCAUCACCUGCUGCUGGAGCCAGGGGGAUGCAUUGAUAUUCAGACAGAGAGCACCACACGGCACUGCCUCGCGACGUACAGGCCCAGUAAAAGUAACCCAUGUGUGCGUUGUGUCCUGAUGGAGCUGACCUGCACCCCGCUGACAGAGGCCUCUGAAGAUGUGGUCUGCUCUUCUAACCCCGUUCAGACUUUCAGUGCUGGACCCACCUGCAAGCUGCUGACCAAGAAUGCCAUUUUCCAGAGCCCAGAGGAGGAUGGCAGCAUCUUCGUGUGCGCUGGCGACGAGGCAUCUAAUUCUGCCAUGCUCUGGGAUGCUGGCAGCGGCUCCUUGCUGCAGAAAUUGCAGGCUGACCUGCCCGUGCUGGACAUCUGCCCCAUGGAGGUGAACCAAACCCACCUGCUGGCUACUCUGACGGAGAAGGCAGUGAAGCUGUACAGGUGGCAGUGAGCGUGUCCCCGUGGUGCUCACCAUGAGGGCUUCCCAAGUGUGCUGCUGAUGGGCCCUACAGCAACAGCACAGUCCCACAUGCUGCUUGGUGUCCUGCACAUGCUGCUUGCAAGAGGCAGGAGCUGCAGCAGCACCUUUCUGGCAGCAGUCAGGAACUGGGGCACAGAGGUGCCUGGGGUGCUUCCUGUCAUCCUCCAUCCUCCUUUUUCAGGUCUGUCAUUAUUUCUCCAUUGGUCAAUUUUUUACAGUCGAGCUCAGCAAGCUGCCUCAGCACAGCAAUAAUUCUUGGCCCGUCUCCAGCGUGUGUUGCUGCACUUUUUCCAGUGUGAAUAUAUUAGAGGGAUUUGCAACUGUCUUCUACAAAUCAACAGAAAAAAGGAACUUGAAGACCUGUGACUCCCACUGUACUCUCACAUGGAGUACUGCUAUGAUUACUGGGUGAUGAAAAGAUGGCAAUGCUGGCACCUCACCGGCGUUGCUGAUGCUUGGUGUAAAAGCAGAAUCACUAUUUCAGAGAACAUAUCCCCAUGUUCUUUUUUGAAGGCAGAGGGCAAAGGCAGUUAGCAGGUCCUGAGGAGGAGAGACCCCGUGUUGUGGCCAUGAAGAGAGCAGGCUUGAAAAAUCUGCAGUUUUUUUUCUCUCCCUGUGAGCAUAUAAUUUUUUUUGCACUGUGGUUGCCCAACCCUGUCCCCCAUCUCCCUCUCUCUCCCUCCUUCACCUGCCACCAACAUCCAAGCAAACUCGGGCAGUGUGGUUGUGGAAAAUGGAAGCUCAUAUGAAGGUAGGGGGUGUGGGGGAUACUUGUACUGCUGGCUGCUGCAGUCUGCGUGUCCUUCCUUGCAGUGCAUCAGUACUUCAACAGCCCGUACAGCAGAGGAGAAUGCUGGCUCUUCUCCUGUGGGGCAUCAGUGGGGCUGCCCAUGGGGAUCAGCCCUGGCUGGUGCAGCUGAUUCUUGGCAUCUAUACUGUGAAUAUGCUGCAGGGUAUAGGAAUGCUCAUUUCCACAUCAAAUCAUGGAACAAGACUUUGGUUUCCUUUUGUUUAUCAAAAGCAAAGCUGUGAGGAUGUUAGAGAAGCCACAAGGCAAGUCCCUGUGUUGGCACCGUGUCCCUGGGCACAGCACUGUGCUAGCAGCAUCUGACCUGGGCAUGUGGAGCCUGCUACCACUCAUGCUGCCAGAACAGUUUUGUUUUCUGGGACGUGCAAGGUAGGAUCCUGCUUGAGUCUGGUGAGAUCUCUGCUUAACUUUGUAAAUUUAUGUAUAUUAUUUUAUUUUUCUAUGCUGUAAAAAUAAAGUGUUUAUAGUUAUCAAAUAUAGUCGGUGCUGCUGUACCUUAGAAGCACCUCAGCAGUAAAUGCUGCUUGUCCUGUGGCUGUGAGUGAGCGGCCCCGUUUGCAGGUAAGCUUUCUCAUGUUUUGCACUGGGGUUCAGACUGAAAUAAUGGCUUUCCAUCCUCCCCCCCAAAAAUCUUCACAUGCACGCAGGAAGAAAGAAAUUAAGAUUUCCCAUCUUCUGAUUUUCUAGGUAGCAAUUAUUUUCUAUUGUCUCUCUUAUUCCUGCAGGAUGGCAUUAACAAAUUAAAUUCUGUUGAAAUAAAUGAAAGGGAAAUUAGCAUUUUGAUGUUCUAUUCAAACCCAGAGUUUGGAAGAAUUUUUCAAAGAUUUUAGAUGCUAAGAACCACACACAUUGCUGUCACAGGUUCACAGUAAGCUUUGGCAAAGAGCACCUAAACUGCGUGCAGAAAGCUGCACUGAGGGCUGGGGGAAGGUCAGAUGUGUUAAUUAAACAGGUGCUCAUCUUGUCUGGAGUCAAAGGGGCAGAUUCUGGAUAGGGAGAAGAAAAAUCAGUGUCUGCAAUAUGCAGGGCAGCUGUCAUUAGGGGCUGGAGGCAGGGAGCUAUUUCUGCUUCUGUCUCUGGGAAGAUUUGGAGCGAGGCAGCCCUGUGGCAGCUCCUGGAGUAAAUGUGAUGGGAGGCAAUAGGUAAGCUCUGCUCUCUGCAGAUGGGGCUUUCCUGUUGGCUGUGUGCACUGCUGCUUUUCUGCAGCCUGCUGCGGAGGAGCAUCGUUCCUCAUUUCAAUUCUUAUCUCCUUUUGAGAUAAAGAUUUUUAGGGACAAAUACUGAAGAGGCAAAAGUGCCUCUUGCUCAGUUUACUCGUCUUUGCUUAAAGAGAAAAAGCCAAGAGAAAAAGCCCAGCUGUGUUUGGAUGGCAGUGAGCUGUGGGCUCAGAUGCUGCCGGGUUGUGCCUGCAGGAAACCUGUGCACAGAGCAUUGCUGACGAGAUCUUGGAGCUGCAGCAGCGUUGGGGAGCACUGAGGGGAUGUGGACAGUGCUGCAGUCCCAUCUCUUGGUAAGCAGUGCCCCUGAGUAAUGAAAAAUGGAGGAGGUUGGGCAGAGCUACGCCCUGCCGUGCUUAUCUGAUGUUCAGAGUGACCUCGGGAUGAACCCAGCAGGUAACAGGCAAUGCCUGGGCUGUGCUGGGCAGGAGGGGAAGUGCCUCAGCCUCAUCUCGGUGAUUAUCCCACCUGCUGAAGCGUAAUUAAUUGCAGAGUCCCCAGGGGUUGGUUUUGCUUCCGCUAGCAGUGGAUGGGGUGUCUGCCCACCGUGCUUGAGAUGGCAUCAAGCUGGGAGCAGCAGAAGGCUGGGGAAGAACUGUGGCUCAUCAGGGGGAAAUUGCCUUUUGUUUUUUCCUUUUCUUCAAGUGUGAGUGUGGGAGGCACGAGGCUCACCCUGACCCAAGGGAUGCUGUCUCCUGUUUGUCCCCAGCCUCCUUGGAAUCUAAGCAUUGCCGUGCUCUGCCUAUUUCCAUGCUCAGAUAGGCGAAGAUGCAAAGCUGUGGCCCAGGAGAUAAGUGGAGACAAAGUGGAAGUGAAGCACCAGCCUUCAUCAGCAGAGAUGGGCAACGGGUGUAGAGGCUGUGCUGAAGUCCUGGGCUGUGCAAGGGACGGAGCCUCAGCGCUGCUUGGUGGCUGAGCCAAAAUUCAGGACCGUGGGAGCGAGCAGUCUGUGUCCAGUCAGAAACUGGAGCAUCUGCCCUGCGUUGGACAAGUUUUCUUCCCCACAGAGUGACGAUGCUGCAUUGUGCUGAGCUGCUGGGGUUACUGCCCAGGCAGAGAUGUCGCUGUGCACAAAGAAAUCUCUCUUCCUUGUUGAACUUGUGGUGUGGACACAGUGUGGGGCUCUUCUUUAUGAAAUGUGUGUUUGGGGAUGGGCUAUCAGGAUGUUAUAGCCCUAGGUUGGAGCAGGACUUUCCCAGGAGUGCAGAGAGCUCAGCAGAAGGACGCAGGGGUGCUGCUGCUCCUGGAAAAGAGGGCAGCUGAGGCUGGGGAAGGAGCUGGAAGCUGUGCACUGCCUCUGCUGCUCCUCUCCUCCUGGUCCUGUUGGAGGAGGAGGAGCAGAGCCAGCUCUCAUGCUGGGCCUUUCCAAUCGUUUCCCAUAAGCCAGAUCUGCUGCCAAGCACUGGGUGGAUUUUUGCUGGCUUUUGUCUCUAAGUGUUUCCAGCUGCGCAGCUGCUGGGUGCCAGCACGAAGCAUCCCUCCCAAGCACUGCUUUCCCGGCAGCCAACGCAAGAAGCACGGGGACUUUGCCAGCUCACCCAUCUCCCUUCAUGCCAUGGUCUCUGCCUGGAUGCACACCCAGGUGGGGCUGCUGAAGGUCUGCCUGCACUCUCCAGGAGCACAGCCUCUGCAGGGUGACUGCCAGGGCUCCGCCAUCUACUGCUGCAGCGCUCAGGGUGAGAUUUUGAGGUUUGGUGAAGCAGUACAGCUCAGACUGGAUGGAUUUCCUUAGUGUGAGAUGCUGAAGUCUGGCUCCCAGGGAGGAGGGAGCUGUGGUGAUACCAAACACUGCUCCUGGGGAGGCUGUCAGGCAGAAACCCGCCUGGCUCUUCUAUGAGCUCGCAGUGUGAAAAGUGUGUUCCCUGUGCUCGCUCCUUUCUGACCCCUAAAUGGGGAAUUAAAUAU